AUGGCGGAUCUCUCGAAAGAGCCCUGCUACAAGGCGUAUCUGCACAAGGGAGCGAAGGGAGAAAUUGACUGGCCUGAGUAUAAUGAGGAGACAUUUGAGGUCGAUGACGGUGAUGGUAAUACAAAGACUAUAACUGGGGUGGUGAUUUACCCUCGGGAAGUGUUCUGUCGUGUAGAGGAUUGCCCUUCAGGUUCUCCUGAUCAUGAUGCUAUUCGUCGUUAUGCUCGCUUGCAUCAUGGAAAGCGUUCCCCAUGUGGUGUCUGCCGAAAGAGAAACAGUGGGCUUGGAAUUAAAUGUGGCCAACGCCCCUACUGUGAACACUGGAACUUGUUCAAGGUCACCUCAUCUAUUAACGGUAAGGGCGUUGACCAGUCUGGUACCAGUAGCAAACCAGUUCCUGACCAGUCACACAAUGCUGAAAGUGACGAUGGUGAGGAGGGUGCUGCAGGUGAUACUGAAUGUCAUGGCGACAAAGAGUCUGAGGGCCCUGAUGAUGCAGAUGCAGAUGCAGAUGGGGGGGGAUGA